AUGAAAAGUGUUAUCCUUGCUAGUGUGUUGUGCUUCUUGUGGUUGGAACUUUUGCUAGCCUGGCAGGAUAUUGGGCAGAGACCGAACCAUAUUCAGGAGGCUUUGAUUGCCUACAAGUCGUACGAUGUGGAACAACGUCGGAAUCGGUUUUACGAGUUGAGUAGUGAACAGUACGUCUCCAAAGGGUUUGAUCCGGCUAAUGACACCCGUGAUGUUUCGGAUGAUCACACGAGAGUUAAACGAUACAACGAUCCGACAUUCCGGGGAAAUCCCAAAACUCGGGAGCAGGUGUGGGCUAAAAAUUUCGCCCAUGUAAUGAUAAACGACCAACAGUCCAUGGCCUUAGUGAUGCUUCUGAUUCGUAUUAUUAAUAAAUACUUGAGUGCCUGUAUUCCGAUUAUUCUUUUUGACGUGUACGUCGAACAAUCGGAAACAUACGUAAUGGAAGCCUUGUUCAAAGAGUUCCCGACGACGUAUAUAUGCGGCAAGAUUAGCUCCAACUAUACCUUAAGUAAUCCGGAAUUGCUAUUGCCUUCGGCCUCAAAGUGUCGCAGCUAUAUUCUAUUCAUAUCGGAUGCCAUGAUGACUCGAAAGGUGCUCGGUCCUCAGCUGACUAAUCACGUAAUUGUCGUUCCUCGAUCAAGUCAGUGGAAACUGCAGGAUUUCCUCUCGUCAAAGGAGUCCAGAGACAUCCUGAAUCUGCUGGUUAUCGGAGAAUCAUAUUCGACAGAAAAGACGAUUAAUAGUGAAUCUGCUUACGUAUUGUACACCCACGAAUUGUACAUCGACGGUUUGGGUUCCAAUCGACCCAUGGUACUCACAUCUUGGUUGAAUGGAAAAUUUUCCCGCCCAAACGUGAACUUAUUUCCGCCAAAAAUACGGAAAGGAUUCUCCGGCCAUCGUUUCACCGUUUCCGCAGCACAUCAACCGCCGUUUGUGUUCAAAAUCAUGUCAACCGAUGGGGUAGGAAACAUUGCCAUCCGUUGGGAUGGGUUGGAGAUACGGGUGCUGAAGACACUGGGAAAUUAUUUGAAUUUUACGUUCGAUAUCAAAGAACCUUCGAAGCCGUAUCUUGGCUCAGGAGACGCAGUGACGGACGAAGUGGAACGGAGGCAAGCCGAUAUUGGAAUGGCCGGAACGUUUGUCACUAUUGAGCGGAAUGUCAAAACGGAAAUGUCCGUAGCGCACUCGACGGAUUGUUCUGCAUUUGUAACCCUCAUGUCAUCGUCGCUUCCUCGAUACCGCGCCAUUCUUGGGCCGUUCCAGUGGCCAGUGUGGGUGGCACUGACCUUUAUCUACCUGAUGGCAAUCUUCCCGUUGGCUUUCUCAGAUAAAAUGAGCCUACGUCACUUGAUUGGAAACUGGACCGAAAUCGAGAACAUGUUUUGGUACGUCUUCGGAACGUUCACCAACAGUUUAACAUUCACCGGCGAAAACUCCUGGAGCAAUACGAAGAAAACCUCAACCAGAAUGUUAAUCGGAAUCUACUGGGUGUUUACGAUCAUUAUUACAUCGUGCUAUACGGGUUCGAUCAUUGCGUUUGUGACGAUGCCUGUGGUUCCGGAAACGAUUGAUUCGGUCGACCAGUUGCAAAGCGGCUUCUUUCGCUUCGUUACCCUGGACCGUGGAGGUUGGGAGCGAUGGUUCUCGAACUCCAGCGAUUCGACAACGGAAAAGAUGAUACAAAAGUUGAAGUUUGUUUCCAGCAUUGAUGAAGGAAUUAGGAACGUUACAGAGGCUUUUCUUAUUUCGUACGCAUUUAUAGGAUCCAAAGCUGAGCUGGACUAUUUGGUCCAAUCCAACUUCUCCGAUGAAUCAAUCAAUAGGCGGUACACGUUGCACGUGAGCAAGCAAUGUUUCUCCCUGUUCGGUGUUUCAUACGUCUUUCAAUUGAACUCGGUGUACAGGGACAAGUUCAACAAUGCCAUGUUGUAUAUGCAGGAAGCAGGCAUACUGUCCAAGCUGUUGAAAGAUGUUUCAUGGGAUAUGCAGAAGACAAAAGACGGGCGUUAUCGACAAGCAUCUGUCGGGAAGGUACUCAAAGUUCCUACAGCCGGUGAAAAGGGCCUAACUUUGGGUGAUACGGAAGGUAUGUUUCUGCUGAUGGGUAUUGGCUAUCUGUUGGGGUUAGCUGUCCUUAUCUCGGAAUGGGUCGGUGGAUGUAGCAACAAGUGCAGGGAAAUUAUCAAGGCCAGAAAGGAACGAUUACUAAGUCCUGGUAGCUCUAUUCCACAAUCUAAUAGUUCAUCAGCUAAUCAAAAUUCACCCAGGAAAAGAAGACGACCAUCGGAUAAGGAAUAUAGUUUGAUGGAUACAGCAGAAAACUGCUCUACAAGUCAGGCAACUCCCCACGAAACUGGAUUAGGUAGUGCUUCGUCGGAUGUUAGCGAGGGAGGUUUACACAAGAGAAGUUUAUCCGAAAGUAUUCACAAUGUUAGUCCAACCACGUUGAAGGAGAUGUACGAAGGACCGAACCGUAGACAUUCCACUAUCGUGUACAUCGAUGGUAAGAUGAUGUCUGAAGAGGAAGCACGGCACUACGCGGCCACCACUAAAAGUAAACAUAAACACCAUUCAAGUUUGAGUUCCGUUGUUGAGCAUGAGGUAACACGGCUUUUCAAAUACUUGGACGAUCAUACAUCUACUCAAGGAGACCUGAGGGAACGCCAUAAUCAUCACCAUCAUCAGCAUUCCAAGAAGAAAUCCAUUGAAGUGGAAGCUGAAGUUAAUCAUCCUGUUGAGACAGAGUUGGAACCUAAGGCUAGCGGGAGCAACAGCGAGGAGGCUCCUUUUGGGGAGAAAUUGGUCCAUUGAGAAAACAUAUUUCUAAAAGAGUUUUAGAAGAUUGCUACUUAUCCUGGGUUGGUACCUCAUGAGUGGCGCACCAUUUCUAAAUCCAACCAGGAAAUCUGACAGUUAUGUAUUAAAUCUUGACAUAUACAUAAAACGGCUAGCAUUACGAAACCAUACUGUUGUAAAACGGUUUCGCAGUUCGGUUUUCCCGUAACUCGACUGGAAAAAUAUAUGUUUA